AUGGUGAGUGCAGUAUAUCACGAUUAUACUGGUUUUACGAAUGUAACGACGUUUGCAGACGCGUAUCAAAAUUUUGAUCAAAUCGGAAGCUUGAACGCCCUUGAAAAAUUGUGGGGUGCUUACUAUCUUUACAUGGACAAUGAUAUUUUCGCCACUGGAUUGUUCUUUUUCUUAAUGCAUGAGAUUAUGUACUUUGGCAGGUGCUUACCUUGGGCGAUUAUCGACAGAAUUCCAUACUUCAGAAAGUACAAGAUUCAAGACAGCAAGGUUCCAAGCAACAAAGAGCAGUGGGAAUGCCUCAAGUCGGUUCUAAUCUCCCACUUCAUGGUUGAGGCUUUCCCUAUUUGGUUUUUUCAUCCUGUCAGUGCAAAAAUUGGCAUGGCCUUCGACCUCCCAUUUCCAUCUGUCUUCAAGGUUCUUUCCCAGUUGUCAAUUUUUUUCGUGAUGGAAGACGCAUGGCACUAUUGGUUGCACAGAGGUUUACAUCAUGGCGUAUUUUACAAGUACAUCCAUAAGCAACAUCACCGCUAUGCAGCUCCAUUUGGUUUGGCUGCUGAAUAUGCACAUCCAGUAGAGGUUGCUCUAUUGGGAAUAGGCACAGUUGGUCUUCCUAUGAUAUGGUGUUACUUUACGCAGGACUUGCAUUUGUUCACGAUUACCCUUUGGAUCUGUUUGAGAUUGUUUCAAGCAGUUGACGCCCAUUCGGGGUACGAGUUUCCUUGGUCUUUGCAUCACUUUCUUCCUUUCUGGGCAGGUGCUGACCAUCACGAUGAACACCAUCACUACUUCAUUGGUUCGUACUCGUCGAGCUUUAGGUGGUGGGAUUUUGUUUUGAACACGGAAGCUGGACCGAAGGGAAAGCAGCUGAGAGAGGACAAGAUGAAACUGAAGGCCGAAAAGAAGGUUCAGUAA